AUCGAUUUCCGAACCCCCGAUCGGCCGGUCCUUCUCCUUCCCCUCCUCCUUCCGCCGCCAUUUUGCACCCGAGGUGGAAACCCAGGAGUUCUGCUGCGCUCCCACCCGGCUGUCGCCAGGAGCCAUGGAUCCGUCAGUGAGGAGGGAAAAGGCCAAAGCCAAGGAGCCCGUGAACCGGCUGGAGAAGGCCAAGCAGAAGUCAGCCCAGCAGGAACUAAAGCAGAGACAGAGGGCGGAGAUUUACGCUCUCAACCGAGUCAUGACGGAAUUGGAGCAGCAGCAGUUUGAUGCAUUCUGUAAGCAGAUGCAGCCUUCCGGAGAGUAAGCCAACCCCAAGAAGGCCCCCGCGUCUUGGGACGAGCCCCAUGGGCUAGUUUUCCUAAUUCAAGAUGGCCAGUUUGAGGCCGUAGAGAAUUAUAGGCUCAGAUUCCUGAACUUUUAAAAUCCGCACUCAUUUCGUGUAUCUACCUGUGAUCAUCAGACAGACCUCCUGCUCACCGAUGGGUUUUAUGUCAUUCUCUGCAGAUGAUGGAGGUUUUUUUAAACAUCGAACUUUUUGACUUUUUACACGAUUGUUUGGAUUUGAAAAAGGCAGCAGGAACUUCAUCGGUUCUGCUUCUCCGGAGCGGCAACGAAAAAAUCUCCUGCCCAGGCCUUAGCUUGGUUGCCCAACUGCAAAGAGUUGAGCCGAAACAAAUUCUGGGUUAGAAAGCAGGUGAGGAAAACAGGGUCAAGUAGAGGGAAACUGAGGUGGCAUUUUGCCCACCAGCCCUUCAUUCCUGGGAUGCUUCUACUUUCCCCACAUUGUUGGCUCUGCGGAUUUCUUGGGGGACGAGAAUGUUUACCCCCCCCCCAACCCCCAAGCCAGCUGCAGCUGCUAGGGAUGGGAUCACUGACCGAAACUCCGGCUUAGAAACUCCAAAGCACCAAUUCUUCUGUCUGCUUGGGACUCUAAAUAAAGUGGCCACGGCCACAGACCAGUCAUUAACACAGCAGGAUAGAUAUUCCAGCUCUCACUUGUCUCUGCUUUUGGGAUGACGGCAGCUGUCCCGGAAACCGGCCGGGGUUAGACGUCGUCGACCCGAAAGGAGGUUACAGGGGCGUCAUUUUCAGGAAUCCAAGCAAGUGUUGAUGUGCAUGCCCACCAUUCUUUGUAGUAGAAACGACGUACUCUAGUUCAUAUUGCAACUUACAAAUGCAGAAAGAAGCCAGCCCGGUCCAGAUUUUCUGAAUACAUUAUUGAAAAUGGGAAGGCUGCAUAAUUAGCGUAAUGAAAGGUAUCGUUUAGCGUCAGGAGGGUGAUUAUUAAACCGCAAGGGACUAACUCUUCCUGGCGCAUUGCAGUCAGGAAGCCCGUAUUAAAACUAUGAGCCGAGAA